AGCAUUAAAUUCACUUUUUCGCGUGCCAAUCGCCGGUGCUCAUGUAAUCAUUAUUCUCCGUUGCAAUCGUUGCAAUAGUAAUUUAUAAAUAAAAAUUGAUGAUAGUAAAUUGUAGGCAAACUUGUCAGUUACAAAUAGAGCCAUAGUUCGUGAAACAUGAUGAACAUAAUCCGAAAUCUAGCACGUGUGAGACGCAGUCUCGUCAUGUCAUCAAAGAAACCGACCGCUUUCAGCACCACCCGAUUCCAAAGUGCCCUUUCUGUACGUUCAGCGGACUGUUCCUUUAGUGGUUAUCAUUUCCAGAUACUUCCAGCGCUUGUGCAAUUGGGUCCUCGAAGAUCAUUCGCCACACAGGGCAGACAUCGCAUCAAAAAUUCUACCAAAGUCAUAGCAAGUCCUGUUGAAGAGCUAAAAUCCGAGGUGCUGGCUUACCGACGAGCAAACGUGGACCGUUUGUAUGAAAUUCUCCAAAAGCCGGAAGACAUUCAAGUGGAAACCUAUAACUUCCUGCUGGGUUGCUGCGGGAAAUUUUUGCUAGAACACCCGGUAGAUGCUCGGAUGAAGCUGUUCCGGAAUCUUUGGUUCAUGGCCAAUGGGGACUCUGCGGCGAUUUCGUUGGACCGAUGGAAGAUUUUAUUGCGAGUUUAUAGGGAUAAUGCGGUAGGCCUGGAUGAGGGUGUGGAGAAGAUUUUUUCCGAUAUCAAAGUGGAGAAGGAUGACGAGUUCUUCGAGCUACUUCUGGGAGUGAUUUGCGAACAAGGUGAUGCACAUAAUAUGUGCAAGGCGCAGGAUCUGUUGAAGGAACGUGGCAUUGGGCUUAACGAGAAGAUUGCAGCAACAUUGAUAAGGGGGUAUUCGAAAGCUGGAGACCUGCAAGCGAUAAAAAACGUGUUGGAUACAAUGAAUGCAGCGAAUGUUGAUCCAGAUGAAAACGUAUACGGAGAACUGAUCAUAGGUUGGUUGAAAAAUGAUUUGAUGGACGGAGCGCUGAAAUUGAUUUUGGAAAAGGGAAGUUUGUUGAAAGAAGCACAUGUUGCUGAAGCUUUAGUAGAAGCCCUGCUGAAAGACCGAACCGAUAUUGUUAAAAUGCUAGUCAAAUUACUCCCGGAAGAUGUAGUCCAAGAUUCGAAGAUUGAUCCGACAAUAAGAAAUAUUUGUACAGUCCUGCAUCUAGAAGGUAAAUUUGAGUUGGUGAGAAAACUACUGGCCGAGCUUCCGGCUCCCACUUUCAAAGCAAAUGAGAAUUACGAUAGUUAUGCAGUUACACUAAUAUUUGAAUUAGUCAAGAAUCAUGCUCCUUUGCAGGAAAUUAUGAAUCUGGUAGAUUUUCUUGUCAAAACAGAACGAAACUUGCGCGCUUUGCACGUGGCAUGUGAGGGUGCGACCAAACAUUGUAUCGACAUCUAUCCAGAACUUUUGAAACAUUUGAAGCGACAAGAGGAUUUGCGACCGCACUACUUCUGGCCCUUGAUUGUUCAGAACUUUGCUAAAAAUGGCGAAGCGGGAGUGAUGAAUGUUCUAAAGCUAAUGCACCAGUUUAAAACUGAACUGGACGUUGAAACUAUUUCGGUUUUUGUGCUUCCGAAGUUAUCCAUCUCGCUUAAGGACGUAAGAACUACAUUAAAACAAUUCGAAGAUCGUGGUGUAAAAAUGUCAGUCCUUAUUACUCCGUUCGUGUCACAUUUAUUGUAUCAGAAUCGUUUUCAAGAUGCAAUUCAAGUUGUUAAGCUUUACUCAUCAAAAGUGGACACAGAAGCGCUCAUUUAUCCAUUGGUAUUACAAACUACGAUCAACAAAACUGCCGAGCAUUUUCAAACGAUUUCAGAAGUCAUCCGUCAGUUUAUGGAUAAAGCUCAAAACCCAAAGCACGACUUGGCGGGUCAACUACUAAUGGAGCUGGUCAGUAACAGAAAGUCCAAGCACGAUGCCUCGACCAUACAGUUGCUGCUUCAGCAGUUCUCCAAGCACCAGCUUCGCAUCAGUCGCGUUUGUGGCAAUGUGCUGAAGAAUCACUUUUCCAAAAACAAACAAAUCAAUGCUGCCCUGGACAAGCUGAUCAAUUCGCUGAUUGACGAUAAACUCACUAUUCCAUCAAAAGAAUUGUUCGACUCGAUCAUCGUACAUCCUCGGGACAUGACUUACGACGAGCUGGAAUGCCACUUGUCCGAACUAGAAGAGAAGAAAUUAAAUUCACGCGGAGUGCUUCGUCGACUUCUUCAGGUUUGUGUUCGCGAAAACCGCCUGGACCGAGCUGUCGAAAUUAAACAAAAGUGUGACCAAGCCAAAGUUGAACUAAGCUCCGGCAUGCUUGCUUCCGUAUUUGAUCUUCACAUAAAACGGAAAGAAGUUGAUGAAGCCGGUAAAAUACUGGAACACAUUAGAACCAUGUUCCCAGGUUUUCUCGUGGAUGAACACAAAAUCAUUGAUUUCGCUGCCCUUCUGGCCGAAAAGGGUUUCCUCUCAAUGGCUCAAAAGGUGCUCAGCCAACGAGCCUCUGCCGGUAAUCUCCGCCCGGGAAACGCCAACAAAAAUAUUUGGAACCUCUUGACCAACACUGCCCAAUGGGCAGCCCAAAAUGAACCAAACUCCGUCAAGAACCAUACCAGCGAAAUGCUGAACUUCCUCGUCAAUUCAGGCUUCUGCACGUAUGACAAUGCUCUUUUAGGACCCGUUAUUCGGGAACUGCUACUGAAGAACCAAAUCCAGCAAGCAUUCGAAGAGUACAAGAAGAUCGCCACUGAGAAGCGUCGCACUCCGCUUCAGCUGGAGCUCAUCACUACCCUGGUCCGGCUGACCAACGAAAAUGAUUCGGUCAUCCCUCCGGAGCAAGCCAAGGCUUUGCUCAGCGAGGUUGUCCAAAUAGGCUCCAAAAUUCAUGGCUCGAUCAACACAAACAACACGCUUAUCGUAGCGCUGGCCGAGGCAGGAACCGAAGCGCAGCUGCGCCGAAUUCUCAUUAAUCCGGAAACGCGCGUCAAUCACGAAUAUAUUCUGACCCAGUGCGAGUUCCUGCUGAACUCUGGCAAGCUGGACGUGGUGCUGCGAUUGGCCAAAGGCUCUCGGGGGUUGGCCAAUGUGAGGGAAGCAGACUUCCUUGCAGUGAUUAUGAAACAGUUCGUGCGGGACAACAACUGCGAGGCUGCCGUCGAGCUGUUCAACCGGUUGCAGGCCGAGGAUGGCGUCCUAAACAUUGGUGGAGACUUUGCGAGAAAGCUGGUCGACUUGCUGGAGUUGAACAACUACGAGGUGCCCAGUGCCGUGCGUUUGUAUGUUAAGUGAAAACGGGUGAGUGUUUUAGAAUGUUAGGUUGUUAAAAUAGUUGGACGAUUAGAUUAUAUAUGAUAAAAAUAAGCGAGAAAAAAA